CUUCUCUGAGGGGGUGGCAGGAGCCUGGGAGUCUUAUCUGGAGUUUUUAGAACAUAAUGAAGAGGGAAUGUUCUUAACUGAUUUCCAUAACUUCAUUAUCCAGAGUUCUUAAUUUUUGAAGGGUAGAUUGUGCUAGGCUUGCAUGGGAGUCAUACGGGGUUAUUGCUCCUCCUCUAAGGACUCUACCACAUAAAUAGUGACAUACUAGGAAAGGAAAUGUCAUCAGGGUAGAGUCUGAACCACAUAACCAAAGAUAUGAAAGCUCAGAGAGUCUAAACCACAUGAUCAGCAAUAUACUAAGGGGAGGAAAGAUCACCCUAGAGUAUUCAUAAAAUUAAAUCAUGACAAUGACUGACAAACACUAAUGUGAACAAUGGCCUUGCAUCUCCUUGGAAAGUUUGGGUAAAGGAGGUAAAAACAGGCGUAGAGGUAAGAAUGAGAAUGAAUCUGAAAAAAGAGAAUUGGUCUUUAAAGAGGAUGGCCAAGGUUUGGAUAAAUACCUCAGACAUUAUAUUGGUUGGUCUGCGAGACUAUCAGCCAGAAGAUAUGGGGACUCCUCCUGCUAGCACUGGAUCCCUGGGCUGGGGGGCUUGGCAUGGAGCUGACAUUCCUUGCUUCUCAAGGGGGAACUCUGCAGCCAAGGAUAACAAAGCUGAUGUAAUUUUAAAGUACAAUGCAGAUGAAGCUAGAAGUCUGAAGGCAUAUGGCGAGCUUCCAGAACAUGCUAAAAUCAAUGAAACGGAUACAUUUGGUCCUGGAGAUGAUGAUGAAAUUCAGUUUGAUGACAUUGGAGAUGAUGAUGAAGACAUUGAUGAUAUCUAAAUUGAACUUAAAGUUUCAGAGUAUUUGUUCCGUAGUUUGGAUUUUGGCCAUCACAUGUCAAGAAGACUAAAACUUCAGGAUAAUUGCAGUUUGCUAACACACACUGAUUUGUUUUCAUUGUUUUAAAGUACUUAUUAUCUUUAAAAGAGCUGUUAACACUUUAUUCUUUUGAUGUAAUGGAACUUAGGGAUAAAAGAUCACAAGAUCUGCUGUUAAAACAUAGAAAGGAGAGGGGGGAAGAGAGAGCAUGAAUAAAGUAAAUGUUUUCCAGUUAAUGGAUGUUUUGACUAAAUUGCUUUAUCUUUAGGUCAGUGAUAAGUCCUAGUCCCAAGUAAUUUUUUUUUCAGUCUUUCUGUAUGUUACCUAGAUAUUCUCUUUAAUUUCUGUUAAAAAUUUGAGGGAGCUAGAAAUCUACAUUUGAAGUUAAGAAAAGGGGCUAUUUUUUAAUAUUUCUGUAACUGGGUAUUGUAUUUUCAAACUAAUAACAUUCUUUUCAUCAUUUCAUGCUGUCAUAAAUAACUAGCCUUUAUAAACUGCUUAUUUUAGAACAUAGCCUUGAGUAGCAAUUUUUAAUUUAUACAAUGGGUAUUUGCAAAAAUUCAAUGCUAGAUAGUAACUCAAAAUUGGAAGUACUGAUACACUAGUCAAAAGUGUUUUUUACUUAAUGUGUACAAAUUUCUUUAAAAAGACAACUUUUAAUGGCCAAAUAAGGAGAACAGUGUGUACUAUACCAAAAAGUUAUUAAAAUGUGUCAUUUUAUUUUCAAAACUCAUGCGUUUGUUACCUAUAGUUUUGGGCUUUGUGAACAAUUAAAUUACAAUGUAUAAGUGAAAAAUUAAUCCUAU